CCGGCACUUUGGGGGGUCUCCUCUGUUGUUUUGGUUUUUUUUUUUUUUUGGGGGGGGGGUUCUCGGGGGUCGCGUCUCUCUCUCCCCUCGCAGGGGUGGCCCGCGGCACCUUCACGGUCACGGCCUGGCCGCGCGUGGCCGUGGUGGCCUUCGGGGGCUCGACCACCGUCAACUGCAGCCGCAGCGCCUGCCCGGGGGGCAACGCCAGCCUGGAGCUCCACACCCCCCUGGCCGCGACCCCCGGGCCGGGGGGGCUGCGCUGGCAAAGCUUUCGCCUCCUCAACGUGUCCCGCUGGAGCCCCGGCCCUGCCACCUGCGCGGGGACCUGCGGGGACACCCGCGCCGAGGCCAGCGCCGACGUCCUGGUCUACCAGCUGCCGGAGCGGGUGGCGCUGGACCCGGUGGCGCCGGUGGCGGUCGGGGACAGCCGGAACGUGACGUGCCGCGUGCUGGAGGUGGCCCCGGUGGGGAACCUGACGGUGACGCUGCGGCGCGGGGGGGACACCCUGCGCACCCAGAGCUUCGGCAGCGCCCCCGGCAGCGCCAGCGUGGCCGUCACCCACCUGCUGACCGCCACGCCCGGAGACCACGGGCAGGACGUCACCUGCCACGCCGAGCUGUCCCUCAGGCCACACGGGCCCCUCUUCGCCCGCGCCGCAGCCCCCGUCACCCUCUCCGUGUUCGCCCUCCCGGAGCCGCUCCAGCUCGAGGCCCCCUCCCUGCUGGAGGUCGGGGCCACCUCCCGCGCCCGCUGCCGCGUGGCCGGCGCCUUCCCGGCCGGGGACACGCGUGUCACCCUCGCCCUGGGCCGCGAGACGCUGAACGCCAGCCUGGAGGUGGCGGGGGACGCGGUGACGGCGGUGACCGAGCUGUCCCCGAGCCAGCCGGGCCUCGAGGACAUCACCUGCACGGCCGCGGUGGCCUCAGCCACCAGGACGGCGAGGAGGACGCUCCACGUUUACCGAUUCCCGGCUCCCACCCUGGAGCUGCUGCCGCAGCCGGCGGAGGAGGGCGCGGAGGUGACAAUGACGUGCCAGGCGGGGGACACCGAGCCGGCGGGGCCGCCGCUGCUGCAGCUCCUGGGGUCCCACGGCGAGGGGGUCCUGGCGGAGGGGCCGCGGUCCCGCGUGGAGCGGCGCGUGGUGGCUCGCAGGGAGGACGACGGGCGGGAGCUGCGCUGCAGGGCCAGCCUGGCCGUGGGGGACAGCGCGGUGACAAAGGAGGCGGCCACGCGGCUCCUCGUGCACUAUCCCCCCGAAUUUGGGGCCGGCGGCUGCCCCGCCAACCGCACGUGGGUGCGGGGGGCGUGGGAGUCGCUCUGGUGUCGCGCCACCGGCAACCCCGCGCCCGCCGUGGCUUGUGCCCGCGCGGGGGUCCCCGUGGGCACCGGCGAGCCCGAGCCCGUCACCCGCGAGCGCGCGGGCACCUACGAGUGCACGGCCACCAACGCCCUGGGGACCAGCAGCAGGAGCGUGGCCGUCCGCGUGGAGUGUGAGUGGCACCCGGGGUGGCACUGGGGGGGUGGGACUGGGGGUGUUACCCUGGUGACACCGGGGGUGGCACUGUGGCGGCACGGGGGACACCACGGUGGCGGCACCGGGAAUGGCACCGGGGAUGGCGACGAGCCCACCCUGUCGGAUCGUGGGUGCCCCUCGCGCCGCGUGUGGGUGGAGGGGCAGCGGCGGGACCUGCAGUGUCGCGCCGAGGGGGACCCCCCGCCCAGCACCCGCUGCGCCCGCCACGGGGACACCCCCGGGGACGCCCCCCGAGCCCGUCCCACCCGCGCCCGGGGCACCCGCGUGGUCUCCAGGGCCGACGCCGGGCGCUACCUGUGCAGGGCCACCAACCGGCACGGCGUGGCCACCAGGGAUGUCGUGGUCACCGUGGAGUACCAGCCGAGCAUCCCCGAGCGGGGCUGUCCCGAGCGGCGCCUCUGGCUCGAGGGGACCCCGGCCCGGCUCGGCUGUGCCGCCACCGGCAACCCCCCGCCCCGGGUCACCUGCACCAAGCUGGGGGACGGCCAGGACCACCCCCUGGUGACACCCAACGCCACCCACCCCGAGCCGGGGGAUGCAUGGGACCACCCCCUGGUGACAGCUGAGGACGGGGGGGACACGUGGGACCACCCCCUGGUGACCCCCAAUGUCACCCGGACCGAGCUGGGGGGCACCUGGGACCAUCUGCUGGUGGCCCCUGACGUCACCUGGACCAAACUGGGGGACACCCAGGACACCCCAGUGACCCCCAACGUGACCUGGACCGAACAUGGGGACCCCCAGGACCCCCCAGUGACCCCCAACGUCACCCAGACCGAGGUGGGGGACCCCCAGGACCCCCCCCGGGUGAGCCGCGCCCACGCCGGCACCUACCAGUGCCGGGCCAGCAACGCCCACGGCUCGGCCGUCCGGAACGUCACCGUGGCCGUCGAGUUCGGCCCCUCCUCCGUCACCCUCCGUGCCGUCCCCUCGUCCUCCGUCCCCCGGGGCGGCUCCUUCAGCCUGGACUGCGGCGCCGAGGGGGUCCCUUCGCCCGCCUUCGCCUGGGCCGUGCCCGUCGCCCCCAACCUGCGCCUGGGCCCCGACAACCGCUCGGUCACCGUCACCGCCGCCACCGCCGCCAACCGCGGGCUCUACACCUGCACCGCCAGCAACCGGCACGGCCGGCGCGCCCGCAGCGUCCUGGUCAGCGUCGACGAGACAUGGCUGGUGGCGCUGGUGGCCCUGGGCUCGCUGGGGGCGGUGGCCCUGGUGGCCCUGCUGGUGGCAGGGGGGCUGUACCUCAAGAGCACGGCCUGCAAGAAGGGCGAGUACAACGUGCGCGACGCCGAGGGCUCCUCGGGGGCCUCCUGUCCCCUGCACCGCCACCGGCACCGCCAGGACCAGGGGGACAUCUUUGGGAUCCAGCUCAGCCCACCCUGA